AUGGCACGAGCGCGCCAGGUGGUCUUCCGCAUUUUCUACAGCACCUCAUUCACGAUAGUGUUUUUGAUCCUUAUCAGUUUCAUAUGCAUUACGCCGGCGGAUGCGCUUUACGAAUCAUGGCGACGGCACCGGCUGCUCGACAUCUUCCUCAUCACGGGCGCCUAUGUACUGACGGCGCUGAUCGCGGCGUUGAUGUACGCUUCCCGCCUCUACACGAAUCGGUCGGUGCUUAAGGACAUCCCGAAGACGUUUAUGCCGAUUGAAAAGGAGGACUUGCCGGGCCGCCGUGUCCAUCGCCUGAUACAGGAUUGCCUCGACCGAAGCGCCGUGAUUGCGUACCAGGCUCGGCCACGCAGUAAGCGGAUCGAACACGAACCCGCCGCUUCCGCAGGGGCUGCUCGGAUGCUGGCGUUGACGAAGUCACCAUCGGCUUCAUAUACUGAUCAGAAUGUACAACCGCCGUGGGGGAAGAUAGCACAUCCAGGAUGGUCGAGCCCAGCGUCGAAAGAGAUGCCGAAUUUGGAAUAUGCUACGGUCGUGGACGAGUUGACGGAUCUGAUUGAAGCAAAGGCCGUCAGUCUGGUGCCCGUGGACCCAACGGCCGCCGAACUGAGUCCAGAUGGGACGGUGACUCCGAUGCCCGAUCCGCGUGUGAUUGACGAGCUCGCUCGGCCGCCGGCAAUGGGAAUGCGUCAGUACCUGAGACAUCUGAUAGAGAGGGAUGUGGUUCCAGACACGACUCUGACCGUGGCUUUUCUGGCCGCAUAUGAACGAGCACGCUUUUCCUCGCAGCCACUCACGGACGAAGACUUUCAAGCCUUGAUGCGCAUGUUCGCCGAGCUGCUGCGCAACAUGAGAUCGGUCAACGUCGACCUACUUGAUCUAGAUGCCGAUGACUCGGCAUCCUAUGACCCAUCUUUGAACUCGGGAGAAGUGUCCAGCAUAGCAAGCGAUCCAGGCCCAGAUCCGCGCCGUGACAAUCUGUUGCCUUCAUCUUCGUCUUCGUCAUCCGCCGCAUCGACUUUCUCGAACUCCGGCUCUGUGCGGCACCAUCGUCCUCCGCCGCGGCGGAUCUCAGAGGACUCGGCGGCGCCGCCUUCACUUUCACAUAAAUACCAACUCGCGGCCUACUCUUACGGUGCUGCCGCCAACGACAAACGCGCGAUCCAAUUCCAGAUUGACUCUGGGCUCCAACUCGCGCAUGGUCUCCGCCCGGUCCCGAGUCAGUCUCCAUUCUCUGUCUUCGGCUUCAUCCCGCGAAUCUCUGCGGUCCCGAAAAUCGAGACCAAGGACAAGAACAAGAACACAUUCGAGCAAAAAUAA